CAUCUGCUUCCUCAAUGCUGUCAGCCCUGCCAGCUCCCUGGUGGCCCUCCCAGCAGGGGCAGGGGCAGCAGGGUGUCAGGGUGACACCCAAGGGGUGUGCAGGUGGUCAGAAGCUGAUUCUUCUGAAGCCACGCAACGUGGGUGGGUGCAGCAAGGCCCGCGUGACCUUGCUGCUGACAUUCCUUAGGGGCCACGUGACUUCAAGUGGCAGGGACAGCUGCGCACAGGGGCCGCCACCAAAGCAGCUGUGUUCCCAGGGUGGCGCCCGCUCUCAUCCAGGCCCCGAGUGGCUCCCUGCCGGCUGCCGUUUUCCUUCCUGGGUCCAUGAGGAGCUCUGGGCGCUGAGGAGCUGCAGGGUCUCUGCAGGCGGCCAACGGGCUGUGGGAGGAUGGGGCAGGACCAGACGAAGCAGCAGAUCGAGAAGGGGCUACGGCUGUAUCAGUCCAACCACACCGAAAAGGCGCUGCAGGUGUGGAUGAAGGUGCUGGAAAAGAGCUCGGACCCUGCGGGCCGAUUUCGUGUGCUGGGCUGUCUGGUGACUGCGCACUCGGAGAUGGGCCGCUACCGAGAGAUGCUCAAGUUUGCUGUGGUCCAGGUAGACACCGCGCGGGAGCUGGAGGACGCCGACUUCCUCCUGGAGAGCUAUCUGAACCUGGCUCGCAGCAAUGAGAAGCUGUGCGAGUUCCCUAAGGCCAUCUCCUACUGCAAGACCUGCCUCGGCCUGCCGGGGACCAGGGCAGUGGCGCGGCUUGGGGGCCAGGUCAGCCUGAGCAUGGGCAAUGCCUUCCUGGGCCUCAGCCUCUUCCAGAAGGCGCUGGAGAGCUUCGAGAAAGCCCUGCGCUACGCCCACAACAACGAUGACACCAUGUUGGAGUGCCGUGUGUGCUGCAGCCUGGGCAGCUUCUACGCACAGGUCAAGGACUAUGAGAAAGCCCUAUUCUUUCCCUGCAAGGCAGCAGAGCUUGUCAAUGACUACGGCAAAGGCUGGAGCCUCAAGUACCGAGCCAUGAGCCAGUACCACAUGGCUGUGGCCUACCGCCUGCUGGGCCACCUGGGCAGUGCCAUGGAGUGUUGUGAGGAGUCCAUGAAGAUUGCGCUACAGCAUGGGGACCGGCCACUUCAGGCACUCUGCCUGCUCUGCUUUGCUGACAUCCAUCGGAGCCGUGGGGACCUGGAGACAGCUGUCCCCAGGUACGACUCUGCCAUGAGCAUCAUGACUGAGAUUGGAAACCGCCUGGGGCAGGUGCAGGUGCUCCUGGGUGUGACCAAGUGCUGGGUGGCCAGGAAGGCACUGGACAAGGCUCUAGAUGCCAUUGAGAGAGCCCAGGACCUGGCCGAAGAGGUGGGGAACAAGCUGAGCCAGCUGCGGCUGCACCGGCUGGCCGAGGACAUCUGCCGCAGCAAGGGGCUGCAGCGGGAAGUGCGCGCGCACGUGGUGCGCUUCCACGCAUGUGUGGAGGAGACAGAGCUGUACUGCGGGCUGUGCGGCGAGGCCAUUGGAGAACAGAACGGCCGGCUGCAGGCACUGCCCUGCGCACACCUGUUCCACCUCAGGUGCCUGCAGAGGAACAUUGCCCGGGGCUGCCCCAACUGCCGCCGUGCAUCCAUGAAGCCCGGCUUCGUGUGACUGCGGCCUCAGCCCCAGGCUCCUCCUUGCUCAAUCUUCGCCCUCUCCACCUGCACACAGACCUGAGCCUCAGUUUACCCUGGACAGCCUCACUCACGGCCUUCGAGGCCACAUCAGGGCCUGGGCCACCUCUGCUGCCCUGCAGGCCUCCCCUGCCUCUUUGUACUUCGCUGUUUUUAGAUAAACUGUUUGUAAUAAACUGUUUGUACCUGG